AUGUUUAUUUUUUUUAAACAAAUUCUCAAUCUUCUUUUGCAGCAUCUCACCAUGGCUUCAUUUGUUGCACUGUUACUGAGUUUACCUGUUGCACUGACAUGCGCGCCACAAAAAGCAGACUAUGUUGUAGUCUCCUGUUUUCCUAAUGCCAUCAUUGCCAAUGUGCCAGAGUGUCCUUAUGGCUGGGAGAUAGACCAGCUGUCCCUGGGUGGAGUGUGUUACACUGGAAUACACAGCCCAGGGUACUACCGCUUUAUUAUACCAGAUCUAACACCAAGAAACCAUUCGUACUGUGGCACACAAUCUGAGUAUAUGCCAGGCAAAGAUGCCAAGUACAUCUUCUACAACUCCAUCGUAUCCAACGAUACUUCGCUGACUGUCAGAAACCAGCCAGUCAACUACACCUUCAGCUGUGUGUACCGAGCAGCCUAUCUGGUAAAUAACGCAGUCUUCAGUCAGAGAGUUGCUACAGUUUAUGUCAACAAUGGGAGCUUAGGGACUUUUAGAUCACAGUUGUCUAUGAACGUGUUCACGAACUCUAAGUUCCUGUAUGCUAAGGACGCUCCCUACGUGAUUGACACCUCUGAAAUUGGCUCUGAAGUUUUUAUCGGUAUUGAAGCAAAAGGUCUAAGUAAUAGGUUUAAAGUUGUUAUCAACAACUGCUGGGCGACUCCAACUCCUUACUCAACAGACAGAAAGAGGUGGAGUCUUAUUAUCAACAGCUGUCCUGCUGACUACACGGUGACCAUUUUCGAUAACGCCAAAGACAGCCGCUCCACAUUCAAGUUCAACUCUUUCCGCUUCCAGCGACUGGAGAAGGUGUCCACUGUGUGGCUUCACUGUGAGGUCCACAUCUGUGAUGCAGAGAGGCUGGUCUGUCAGCCUAGUCCAUGCUCUAAGAGGUCCCUGUCAUCAGAAACAGAACCGAGUGGAGGGAUCCUCACCACUGAGUUUCAGAUUAAAGCCAGCGAGUCUUCUAAUAAUGGGCACACAACAGGGACCUCUCUUCUCAUCCCACUUAUGAUCGCGGUGAACAUUUUCUUCGAUUUAGUAAAUGCAUCAAAAAUAUAAAACAAUAAAUAUCCGUUGAGUAUGCAAACCGUCAACAUAUGUUCAAUCACAAAGCAAAGUGUCACCCCAAGACUCAGGGAGCGUAUGAAUACAUUCCCCAGUUAAAGGACUGAUUUGCAUUUAGUAUAUUUAGAAAGGCAUA